CUCAAGGAGAUGGUGCUGCUGGAGCGGCUGCGGCACCCCAACGUGCUGCAGCUCUAUGGCUACUGCUACCAGGACAGCGAGGACAUCCCAGACACACUGACCACCAUCACAGAGCUGGGUGCCCCUGUGGAGAUGAUCCAGCUGUUGCAGACCUCCUGGGAGGAUCGAUUUCGAAUCUGCCUGAGCCUUGGCCGCCUCCUCCGCCACCUGGCCCACUCCCCGCUGGGCUCGGUCACUCUGCUGGACUUCCGCCCUCGACAGUUUGUGCUGGUGGAUGGGGAGCUAAAGGUGACGGACCUGGAUGACGCGCGUGUGGAGGAGACGCCGUGCGCGAGCAGCGCUAACUGCAUACUCGAGUUUCCAGCCAGGAACUUCACGCUGCCCUGCUCUGCCCAGGGCUGGUGCGAGGGCAUGAAUGAGAAGCGGAAUCUCUACAAUGCUUACAGGUUUUUCUUCACAUACCUCCUGCCUCACAGCGCCCCGCCUUCACUACGGCCUCUGCUGGACAGCAUUGUCAACGCCACAGGAGAGCUUGCCUGGGGGGUGGACGAGACCCUGGUCCAGCUGGAGAAGGUGUUUCACCUGUACCGAAGUGGGCAAUAUCUGCAGAACUCCACGACAAGCAGUGGCACUGAGUACCGACAAAUCCCAGAUAGUACCAUCCCCCAGGAAGACUACCGCUGCUGGCCAUCCUACCACCACAGCAGCUGCCUCCUCUCAGUGUUCAACCUGGCUGAGGCCGUGGACGUCUGUGAGAGGCACACCCAGUGCCGGGCCUUUGUGGUCACCAACCAGACCACCUGGACAGGUCGACAGCUGGUCUUUUUCAAGACCGGAUGGAGCCAAGUGGUCCCCGAUUCCAACAAGACCACAUACGUGAAGGCCUCUGACUGACCUGUCUGAGGGCUCUGCUGACCGGCUGACCAUCCUUGCCAACUGGGCUUGCCUGUGGAGGGGGUGAUAUGCCCUAGCAGCGCUGCACAUCACCUGGAAACCCCUGCAGACAAGGCUGACAUCCCAGACAGUCGGAUGUGACCAGGACAAACGUGCAAUAAUGCAAAAAUUUUAAAAUGUGAGUUUACCAGCCUAGGUGUGGGACUGCUGGCUCCCAGGUCAGGAAUCGUGGCAGGGAGCCCACUGCCCCUCCAGCCCUCUGGGCUGCGAGCGAGGCUCAGGCUAGUCUCCCCAUGGGGAGCUGUGCCCCUCACUGGGACAGUUCUGUCAGCAGCCCCGUCACUGUGUUCACGGUGUGAGAAUGUAGCCAAAGCCCUGCUGCUGCUGCUGCUGCUGCACGUGCCAUGGCGGGGGGGACUGUGUGGGGACAAUCGGUCACAGAGUGUUCUCCCAGCUCAGCUCCCGAUGGGAGAGAUGGCCCCGGGGAUGAUCUGGGAUGCUCCGGGAUGUGGUGAUUCUGUACCUGGGGAGGCUGUCUCCAGCCUCCCAACAGGGGGUGCCCCCAGGCCAGCCCAGGGGUCAGGGGCGGAGGUGCACCCUUCAGCAUGAGCCAAGACUGGGCUGGAGGAGCAGGUUGCGGUUUGAGCCAGGACCUGGGGCGGGGGUGGGGCCGGGGCCUUUCUGCCUCAUUUGCUUUCAAUGAAAGCCGCAAAAAGCAGCCAAAGCCAGGCCCUCCCCUCUCCUGGAGUUUGUAUAUCCAGAAGCUUUUGUACUUCUUGUUCAUUAAAUUGUUUAUUUUUGUAAAAAAAAAAAAUGAGAUCAGUUAAUAAAACGAUGUUUCACAGCAAAAUACUCCUCCC